UCAGUAGGCUGAACUUCCGGGUAGCGUAAUGUUGACGCAAUCAGCUGAAAGUUGUUGAAGCUGCGGGUUUGUUUUCUCUCUCCUCAGACGGUUUGAUGAGACGGAUCAGCGUGAGGUCAUCAGUGAGGUCAUCAGUGCACUGAGGUCAUCAGUGAGGUCAUGGCCAGUGCCGCAGCGAGCGAGAGUCCAACCGGAGCCGAGAACAGCAGCGGUGGGACUCAGGACGGCACUUUCGAGUGUAACAUCUGCCUCGACACAUCCAAAGAUGCCGUCAUCAGCCUGUGUGGACACCUGUUCUGCUGGCCGUGUUUGCAUCAGUGGCUGGAAACCAGGCCGAACAGACAGGUGUGUCCCGUGUGUAAAGCAGGAAUCAGCCGAGAGAAGGUGAUCCCGCUGUACGGCAGAGGCAGCACCGGCCAACAGGACCCCAGAGAGCGAACGCCUCCUCGACCGCAGGGACAGCGGCCCGAACCCGAGAACCGUGGCGGGUUCCAGGGCUUCGGCUUCGGUGACGGAGGCUUCCAGAUGUCUUUCGGGAUCGGGGCUUUUCCUUUCGGGAUCUUUGCCACGGCGUUCAACAUCAACGACGGGAGACCGCCUCCAGCGGCCCCAGGGACCCCUCAGCACACGGACGAGCAGUUCCUGUCCCGCCUGUUCCUGUUGGUGGCGCUGCUCAUCAUGUUCUGGCUGCUGAUCGCCUGAACAGACAUGCUCUCACUCAGUGUGUGUGUGUGUGUGUGUGUCGAUUACAGUCCCGACAUCUGAACAUCAAAUCGAGAUGCGUUUACCAGGUGAGUGAAACACCAGCAGAUAUUAGGGAAAUUAAAUGAGUUUUUGCUUAAACGAGCUCAAUGAUCUGCCAAUGGGGUCAGAAAAUAAUCUUUGUGAUUUUGUGUGGUUUUUUUCUGACUCCACUGGUUAGGGUUUUAUGCAAAAACUCACUUCAUUUUGAUUUAUUUCUCCAGAAAACAAGACCUAAUAUCUGAUGGCCUUUUACUACUCCUUUAAAUGCAUCUUGACUUAAGAAUAUUUAGAUAUUUGGACUGGAAACAAGACAAAAAUACUGAGAAAGAAAAGCUUUUUUGGCUCUUCCUGAAGGCUAUAGAUUCACUAAAAUCUCAGUUGUGUGUGUGUGUGUGUGUGUGUGUCUCCUGAUGGGAUUUUAAAAGAAACUCGUCUUUUUCUAUGAAAGAGAUUGCAUGUCUGCGAUGCUGUAAACACACUCUUCUGCUCGUGUUCCUGGACUUUCCAUUUCUAAUCCUUCAUUGGAGUUUUGUAGAGUUACGGUGCCAAAUGAUGUCACUCGUGUUAACAGCAAAACAAUAUUUGUAGAAAUCCCAUAAACACAUAAACGCUCUUCUGGACCAUAACCUUGAACGUUUCAUUUUUCCUUUCAUUAACACUUUCAAUGUUUUUCUUUUGUAAAUAUAUUUCAACAGGGAUUACACUAAAGCUUUGAUCAUUCUAAUAAAACGGUUGUAGAAAUUAAUUCAGAGCGUCUUAAUGACACAUGAUGAUUUAUUCAUAUAGAAUGACGAUGUUUAUUAAGUUUCUGCGAAUAUUUGGGAGGGAAUGUGUGAAAAGCAUAAGCACAUGUCGACUGUCCAGAUGAUUAUUAAAAUUAAUUUUAAACAUGUU